AUGGCAGUUGAAAUCGACGACCACCAGGACAUCUUCGCCGCCGCCAGCGUGGCUCAGAUCCAUGAAGCCCUCGGCCAAUUGCAUGAGCAGGAGGCCAGCGUGACCCAGCGCCUAAACGCCCUCAUCGCCUCGCAGAAGGAUCUCUCGCGCGAACUCGGUCGCCUCGAUCUGCUGCGCGCCCACCUCGGCACCCAAGCGGUCAACACGCGAGCCAUUAGCAGUGGCAUGCUCUCCGACGCCGCCUCGACUGCGAACCGAAUCUCCAGCGCCGUCAAGCGAUUAGACCAGGAACAGUCCAAUGUCAAGGCGACACUCGAGGUGGUGGAGCAGGUGGCGGAGCUGAAGGCAUGUGUGCUGGGCGUACAUGGGUCUAUGGGAGCUCCCCAGGACUGGGAGACGGCAGCGGGCUAUCUCAGUCGCGCCGCGAAGAUACCCGACGAUGUCGUAAACGGCAGCUUCGCAGAGGAGAUCGUGCCCACUGCCGAGGUGCCUGAUCCGCCCCGCGUGACACUAGAUGCAGCAGCAGAGUCACUGUGUGGUCUUUUCUUGCGCGAGUUUGAAAAGGCAGCGCAAGAAGGCGACGGCUCCAAGGUGACGAGGUUCUUCAAGCUGUUCCCCUUGAUCGGACGGACAAAUGUAGGCUUGGAUGCAUAUGGCCGCUAUGUCUGCCAGGGAGUAGCCUCAAGGGCGCGGACAAACUUCAACUCGGCCGCGCCUGCCCAAAGGAAUGAGGGCUUCUUCUACGGCAAUACCAUCACCAAGUUGUUCGAGCACAUCGCACAAAUUGUCGAUGGUCAUGAGCCGCUGGUAGAGCGUCACUAUGGACCCGGCAUGAUGCAGAAGGUCAUUGAACGUCUGCAAAUUGAGGCUGAUGUCCAGGGUGGCAUUGUGCUCGACACAUGGCAUGAAGAGCGCCACAUUGACCGCAAACUUACCGAUAUCAAAUCGUAUGCCUUUUCCUUUCUCGUUCAAAGCUUCCUCCCUUCGCAAAAACCUGCUUCUGGAACACCUCGCUCUAGCUCACCAGCCAACGGUGCUGGUCGGACGAGUGAAGAUGAAGGGGUUGAUAUGAAAGAGAUUGACGGCUUGCUCGGAGAGGGGGCGCUGAUGCUGGGUCGAUAUGCAUUGUAUGCGCGCUUUCUCUCCGACAAGUGUGCUCCCUCUGAACCUGAGGAUCGCAUAGACUACGGCUUGGUGAUGCCCAACUUCUUAGCUACCAGUAACCUCCACAAAAAAGUCAACAGCCAUCUCAUCGAGCCUGUCAAUGCCAUGACAACCUUCUUCUUCCGUCGAUCAGUGGAAAAGGCCUUUCAAUUGGACGAGGCACCAGCAGAUCUUACGCUCAACCCAACCAAGCCUCUCGGGUCCAACCCACCCUUCAUCACCUCUGCCGUGGACGAUGUCAUGUACAUUGUCAAUCAGGUCAUUCAGAGAACAUUAGCAACCUCGCAACGUGCCGUAGUCUCUAGCGUUGUGCCUGCGGUCAGCCACAUUCUAGGCGCGGAGUUCAUCGGUAUGAUACAACGAAAAAUGCGCGAUGAAAGCUACCCCAAGCCCGUUAUACAGGGCGGUCUUCCUCCUGAGGACAAGGUCAUUGCAUUCCUUGUGCUCAUCAACAAUCUCGAUAUCGCGAACGACUACGUCAAGCGCAUAGUUCAGCAGCAACUGGGCCGACAAUCACAAGGCGGCGAAGAGGAUGUGAAGUCGCCGUUGCACGACCUCUUUCCAUUCGGACAUGACGCAGUGUUUGUGGAGAAUACAUUGAAAGCAAUGGAGAAAGCCUUUGCGUCCAAGAGCGGGGAUCUGCUCAACGACGGCAUCACCGUACUGUUCUCCAACGUACUCAAGCCUCGCAUUCGACCCAUCCUAGCCGAAGCAUUCCGAGACGUCAGAUACGAUCCUGAGGACGGCGAGAAUGAAGACGAAGAGGAGGAGGACGUUGAUGUCGUAAAGUCGCGUUUCGACCGCGGCUGGGGAGUUGUAAUCCGUCCUAUCAAGCGCAUCUUGACCUCAGCAAACUUCGACCGACUCCUCGCUUUAGGUCUGAACUCUCUUGCGUCUUCACUCGAGAAGCGCAUUAAGAGCUACUACGGCAGAGUGAAUGAGUUGGGCGCUGUCAGACUCGAGCGCGACAUAUCUGGUAUCAUCACAGCGGCUACAAGUGGCGGCGCAUAUUCACUCCGCGAUGUUUUCCAAAAGAGCACGCAAAUGACUCUGAUUCUAAACAUGGAAGAUGACGAGUUCGCAGAAGUAGCGAAGGAUACAUCAGGCGAUUCGGGUAUACCCUGGGUUUUGGACGUAGAGGAGAGGAAGCGAAACUACGCCGCGCAAUACCACGAACCCUUCACACAGGGGACGUGGAAUUUGAGUUAUGCUAGACCGAUUGUGCCGUGUCGGACGUAUCGGUCGGAAGAGGUGGAGAAGACGAUUGAGCGGUUACGGGGUGUUAUUAAGGAUCCUGAUCUUUUUCGCAUAUUCGAGAAUACAUGGCCAAGUACACUAGACACGACCAUUGCAUGGCGAGGAUGGUCAAACACAACUAGCGACCCAGACUCAUUGGAAGGACCUCUCAUGAGCAUGAAGCCCGAAGAACUUACCUUUGUCAUCACGGGCGACAUCGAAGCAAUGUGGCUGCGCGAUUCUGCCAACCAACUCCAAGCAUAUAUCUCGGUUUUGAAUCAAGACGACAGUCAUGACAGUCUAGCUGGUCUAUUUCGGGGAGCCAUAAAUCUACAAGCACGCUACAUUCUCGAAAACGCGUUUUGCAACGCCUUCCAAGCACCGGAUGAGAGCGGUGUUGAACAUAAGAGCUCUAUGAACAGCGAUCGUAUCACCCCGUCGUUUGACUACUACAAAGUCUUCUCCUGCCAAUGGGAACUUGAUUCCUUGGCAUCCUUCCUACAACUCUCCGUCGACUACGUCACAGCCACAAAAGACUACGAGUUCUUCGAGAAAAGCAGUAACUGGACCAAAGCCGUUGAAGUGGUGUUGAACACCGCAGAAAGCAUGACGAUAGAUUCUUACACCGAAGACGGCGAAUGGCAGCACACGCCAUACACGUACUGCGCUCCCUAUGGCGGCACACCGAUAAAUAACUGCAACGGCAGUCCGCAUAAAGGCAACAUCGGUCUCGUUCGAUCAUUCCACCGUCCCAGCGACGAUGCAUGCACAUACCAGUAUCUCAUCCCCUCCAACAUGAUGUUCUCCUCCGCGCUCAACACCUCCUCAACGAUAAUGUCGCGCAUCAUGUCCCGCGAGAACCCACUAGCCGCACGCAUGCAAGCCCUCAGCACAGCGAUCAACCGGGGCGUGGAGAAAUACGGUAUAGUCAACGAUCCCAACUUCGGCAAGGUAUACGCGUACGAAGUCGACGGCUAUGGCUCGGUGAAUAUCAUGGAUGACCCGAAUGUGCCUUCUUUACUCUCGGCACCAUUUUUGGGGUACACGACACUUCGCGAUCCGAUAUACCAGAAUACACGUCGGAAGAUUCUGAGCAGGGAUAACCCGUACUAUGCCGUCGGACCGGUUAUUACCGGUGUAGCGAGUCCGCAUACACUGCCUGGUAGACCAUGGCCCAUGGCGCUCAUCAUGACUAUUCUGACGAGUGAGGAUGAUGACGAGAUCGUUCAGAAUUUGAUGUGGUUGGUGCAAAGUACCGAUGGGUUGGGCCUGAUGCAUGAGAGUGUUCAUGCGAGGGACAAGGGCGUGUGGAGUCGGCAGUGGUUUAGUUGGGCGAAUGGUUUGUUUGGGCAGAUGAUAUUGGAUUUGGAGAGGAGGAAGCCGUGGGUAUUGGGUAUGAGCUUCCAAUAG